CGUAUUAACCGAGCGUGACUAACUUCUCCUCCUGUCUCUAAAACGUGAACAAAUCUCCCUCAAGGCUCUAACUAAGAAACUAACGUAAUAAAUAAACUCGAAGAAAAGAAAUUUCCUCUCUCUCUCUCGUUCGCCUUGGAUUUGUGUCUUCUCUCAUAAACCAAUUCUCUUGAUUUGGCUACAUUGAAAAACCCUAGAUUCCUCGCCCAUUAUCAACAGGUAAGGCAGCUAAAAUUAGUUUGCCGACCUGUUUAAAAUGGACUUAGAGGAUACAUUCCUUGCUAAAGUUUCUGGUGUUCAAAGCCUUUCUUCCAGUGUGCAAAGCACCCCAGAAAAAAAUGGCAAUUCAGAUGAUGCUUCAAGAAGUCCAGAACUCCUUCAAGAGUUCCUAAAAUCUGGUCCCAAAAAGGAACUUCUUCGAACUUGCUUGGAUAAGGACAAGAAACAGACAGCUUCAUCAAAAAGCAAAAUGACAGAACUUAUGAAGACAGGUAACAAAACUACCAAGAAGCAGGAAACUAAAAAAGCUUCUUCCAGUCCCAACAAUCAACCUUCUUUUAAGAAGCAACAAAGAAAAGGGGAAAAUCCUAUGAGACUUGUACCUGCUUCUGAGCAGUCACCCGAUUUUGGAUGUUCAAACUCAUGGAUAUGUAAAAAUUCAGCUUGUAGAGCUGUUCUAUCCAUUGACGACACGUUUUGCAAGAGGUGCUCAUGCUGUAUUUGUCAUUUAUUUGAUGACAAUAAAGACCCUAGUCUCUGGUUGGUUUGCACAUCUGAAAGUGGUCAGGGGGACUCCUGUGAGCUAUCUUGUCAUAUUGAAUGUGCCCUUCAACGUGAAAAGGUGGGGGUUGUUGACCUUGGCCAAUUGAUGCAGCUAGAUGGUAGUUAUUGUUGUGCUUCUUGUGGUAAAGUUUCAGGGAUUCUCGGAAGUUGGAAGAAGCAGCUACUUAUAGCAAAGGAUGCUCGUCGACUUGAUGUGCUCUGUUAUAGGAUAUACUUGAGCUACAGGCUACUUGAUGGGACUUCAAGGUUUAAAGAACUGCAUGAAAUUGUCAAGGAUGCCAAGGCCAAACUUGAAAUAGAAGUGGGUCCAGUAGAUGGUGUUUCUGCCAAGAUGGCACGUGGCAUUGUCAGCAGACUCUCUGUCGCUGGUGAUGUGCAGAAACUAUGCUCUCUUGCAAUUGAAAAGGCAGAUGAAUGGCUCACUACCAUCUCUAGUGCAAACCCAAAUUGCAGAGAGGAUUCCCUUCCUGCUGCUUGCAGAUUCUUAUUUGAAGAAGUGAAGUCCUCAUCUGUUGUAAUUAUUUUAAUUGAAUUGUCUAUUGCAUCAUCUGCUGACAUUAAGGGCUACAAACUCUGGUAUUGCAAGAGUAGAGAAGAGACACAUGCAAAAGAACCUAUUUGCGUGUUUCCAAGAUCUCAGAGGAGGAUUUUGAUCUCUAAUCUACAGCCUUGUACAGAGUAUACUUUUCGGAUUGUUUCUUAUACAGAGGCUGGUGACUUGGGGCACUCCGAAGCAAAGUGUUUUACCAAGAGCAUAGAGAUAAUUCACAAAAAUCCCAAUCCUUCAGUUGCAAGGAAUAGUAAGAAAGAGAAUACCAUCACUGGAGGAUGUACUUCUAGCUACAACAGGGAUUCUGAAACUGCAACUGGAGUUAAUUCUUCUGGAUUCAAGGUUCGUGAUCUUGGAAAGAUCCUCCAUCUGGCUGGGGCUCAACAGCAAGGCUGCUUUGAAGGUUUCUGCAGUGCUGAUACUGAAAAAUGCUGUGGAGCAAGUAAACUGGUCAAGCUUCAAACUUCAGAAGAUCCAGUGCCAUCUGUUUCACAUGGGCUAGACUUAAAUGUUGUUUCCAUGCCUGACUUGAAUGAAGAGCUGACUCCUCCAUUUGAGUCCUCCCGUGAUGAGGAUAAUGGGUGCACUUUGGAGCAGGCCAUUGAGGCAGAUGAUGAUGCUGCUUCUCAUGAGGUGGAGAAAAAUGGUUUAGCGACAUCUCAUGGUAGUGGUGACUCCCAGACCUGGAUGCAUGGGCCAAGUGGGGAAGUGCCUACUGUUGAUUCCCGGUCGGAGUUGUGCAGGAAAAGGGCUGCACACGCAAAUGAAGACUUGCAUGACUGUGAUAGCACGUUGAUAAAUGGAUCACCAUUCCAUGUGUCCAGUGGCUCAGGUUACCUGGAUGAGAACUUUGAGUACUGUGUGAAGACAAUCCGAUGGUUGGAAUGCGAGGGUCACAUUAACCAGGAAUUUAGAUUGAAAUUGCUGACAUGGUUUAGUUUGAGAUCAACAGAACAAGAACGUAGAGUGGUUAACACCUUCAUCCAAACUUUGAUCGAUGAUCCCAGUAGCUUGGCAGGACAGUUGGUUGAUUCCUUUUCAGAUAUCAUAUCCAGCAAGAGGCCACGGAAUGGUUUUUGUGGCAAGCUGUGGCAUUAAAUUAGGGCGGGUGAUUCCAAGACACAGGAUCGCCAUUUGCUUAAUGAUUAUUUUUUUAGUGCGAUAAAUUUCCUCUGAUUGUUUUGCCGUUCUUUGUAUAGGCAUUUUUUUCUCAAUCACUGUCGGGAGUGAUUCAUUUAUAUCACGGACAAGUUUGUCCGGCUAAAAGAUUGGUUGCUGAUUGCGGAGACGGUUGCAUUUUUAUUGGAGGGCAACGACAAUGCAUGGGAGGCCUUGUGUGGUGGAAGGCUUCAUGCUGGGAUUUGCCUGCCAUCUUUUAAAUUGUUCUAAUUACAUUCUCGGUACACUGUAGCUAUGAAGGACAUCUAUCUGCUCGGAUGCUGUUAUUGUUAUCUCUCCUUCUUUAAAUCAGAGAAGGGUACACUAAUUUAUGGCGGAUUUUAUUUAUA